AUGCACUAUAAUCAUUACGGCAUCCAUCAAUGCUGCCCAGUCAACUCGGUGGAUAAGUUCACCAACUUCCAGCGGCUACCGGCCGAGCUGCGAAACAUUAUAUGGGAGUUCUCUUUGCCAGAACCACGGGUUUAUGAAAUUUUGGACGCACCGAACUCGAAGCGAAAGACCCCUCCCCAUGAAGGUUUGAUGUUUGCCAACAUCCAUCCAGAACCUCCGCCAGCCUUAGCAGCUGUGUGUCAUGAGAGUCGAUCUUUGGUUCUUCACAACUACAAGCCUCUAACAUUGGGGAGGACAACCAAAUAUGUCAACCUGUCUCGAGACAUUUUCCUUCUUGAGCCGUACCUACUCAUCAAGCGGCUUCACCGUACUCUCCAUUUUAUGAGCCAAAUUUCGUUCCUUCGAGACAACAUCAACCGCCUCGCGCUCGGAACAUCCUAUGGCAUCUACACGGGGAUUUGCCAUCCAGUGCUGAGCUGGAAGGUAUCCAAGACCAACAUGGGAAAGUUGCUUACCAACCUUGCGAAGUUUCCACGGCUCAAGGUUCUCAUUUUCAUCGUUCACCAGGAGUUCCAAUUCGAGUUUGACUUCCGAUUCCCCGGCACCAUGAUCCCUAUCCCGAACUAUCCGCUUCAACACUCCGUUUCGACCACUCUGCAACCUCUCUUCACGAGCGGGCCCAGCGCCACUGGAUUUCCAUCUCCCAUCAGUAGCGUUGGUAGCAGCAUUAUUUUACCGUCAAGGUCAUCAUCAAGCAAUCCUAUCCCGACGCUCGCAGAACCAGCCAGCAAUGGUCUCCAUUUUUAUUCCACCGUCAGCAAUAGCAGCAGCAAUAAGAACACCAUCGCAACCCCCGGGAACCUUUAUAAACUACCGUACUCAUCACCGUUAUUAUUCCCGUCUCUCCCGCCGCUACUGCCACCGUAUCCUUUAUUCUCUCCACAGGAUUCCUACUUGGCACCACAGCUUCCCCCCUUCCCUUUACUCCUCCAACAACAACAGCAACACCAACACCAACAGCCUCAACCGUCCCAACCACAACGGCCCCAACUAGUCCACCAAGCCUACCGCUUCAAAUUCGACAUCGAAGCGAAUAUCAACCACGCCCCUCGACGCCCGCACCUUAACGAGCUGCUUUAUUACCCGCUCGACAUAGACAAAGAGGAUGACGGUGAUGGGGAGAAUUUCGAUUACUAUAACUUUAGCGGGGGCGGUAACGGCGGGAGCAGCAACAGCAACGGCAAUUCAGGAUGGACAAACAACGAUCACGACGACGACGACGAUGACGACCAAGAUGUAAGGGGGGAUGUCAACAGAGUAGGAGGAGGAAGAGGAGGAGAAAGAGGAGAUAGGGGAGGCGGAAGUGGAGGCGAGUGGUCCGAUCCCUGGCCGACCAACGACGAUUGGCGACGAUUCCGACAACGGUUCCAAAAGGCGAUUAGGCAGAGUUUAGAGGUUAUGGAGAGACAUAGACUUGCCUGCUUGGCUGCAGCAGAAGCUGCCAAGGUAGCGGAUGGAGGUGAAAAACAUUCUGCCAAAGGUGGAAAAGAAAGUAGCGCUAGCGGACGGAGGAAAAAAACUGGGAAAGGGACGACGACGACCACCACCACCAAAGCCGCAGAGAAGAAUAGCUGGAGCGGCCGUGCUAGUAGGGAGGCGGAAUGGGAGUGGGAGAGGCAGUGGGAAAGGGAAAGGGAGUCGUUGCGUGCAGGAUUGGAAGGAAGGAUAGGAAAGCAUGCCACUAGGAUUCGAGUACCAGCUAUCAAGGGGGCGAGUUUGCUUUGGAGGUAUACAAGGGGCGGGUAUGUGUGA